AUGCCUACCAACAUCGAGCUCGCGAUCGCCUCCGCCUUGUACAGGCGCAAGGAGCUCACUGUGUACAACGUCUUCAUCGACUACCUCCGAAUCAUCGGCUACAUCGCGCCUGGGCAGAAAGAAGCAACUGUCCCUCACGACGCAGUCGUCGCCUUCGAGCAUGCGCUCGAUAAAGAGCCCAUCCUCCGCCACCGCCGCGUUACUCCCGACGCCGCCCUCUGUACGCGCAUGUACACAAAGGAGAUCACGGAGCUCAGGAAGACAUACUGGACGGAGAAGCUGGGCUCGUCGUCGCCCGUCCGCUGUACGUGCUCGACGUGCGGAUGCACGAUCGCAUACGAGAAGGAGGCCGAGGUGGACGAGCGCAAGGAUGACGUGCUCGCGGAGAAGCAUAGAUCACGGCGUCUGAGGGACGAAAGACCGCCAGGGAAAGUCAAGUCACGCCGUGUUGCUAAACGCUUGCGAGACUCUGGCACCUGUGCGAUCGCGCCUCUGGACCCGUACGGUCCCUCGACGAGUACUUCUGUAAUGUGA